GGCGGCCGGGCUGGCUAGCUGGCAGGCGUCCUUUUUUCCUUUCCCAUCCCUCAGUGCAACGACGUCGGGCGAUUCCAAGGAACAUUUUUCUUCUUUCUUCGGCUGCGGACAGCCCGGCCCGUCAUUCCUGAGCUGGGGAGCGAGCAGACGGGCUGGCGGAGCUGUUUGGCGGCUUCCACCGCCCGGCACCGGGGUCGUGCCGCCUGCUGUGGGCUCGUUCCUGACCACCCCGCGACGGAGAGGGAGGGAGCCACUCCCAGGCUUGCUCCGAGGCGCUCUCCGAAACAGCGCAGUUUUUUGCAGGUUCUUUAUGGCUACCAUACUGAUUUAUAUUCAUGGAAAUUAAAUUAGAAGUUCUAGCCUCUACAUGCAUCAAGCAAAAGAAACCAUGGCCUCGGAUCACUUGGCUAGGGCAGGAAAAGGAGGCUGUGUUUCUCUUAGAUGACAAAAACAUCAAUGAAAUUAACCUGCUUUCAGGAAGGACAAGGAAGAAGAUUCCACAGUUACAUUCUUUACUGAAGAAUGUUUUUGUCUUAACAACAUCAAGAAAUGGAGCAUGGUUGGCAGGGAUACUUAAAACAGGAGAGCUCUUUCUUUGGAACAAAGACCAAGACACCAUUAAGCAUGUCCCUGCUGUUGAAGAAACUACGAAAAUUGUCACAGCAGCAGAAGAAUGUUCUACAAGAUUGCACAUACAUGUUUCUGGAGAUGGAAAUAAAGUGAUUCUUGCUACUUCAACUUUGUGUGUCCUCCUGUGGGAAAGCACGGAAUAUAAAAAUGCACACUCUAAAAGUGCUGCCAUGGGACAGUGGUCACAAAUUAUUCCUGAAGCAUCUGUUGUGUUACCAUCCAUUGAAGAGAAAGAAACUACAGUCAGUGCUGUUUUUAUCAAAAAUGAGAUGCUUGGGGACUGCUGCCUAUGUUCUUUUGCAUUUUUUUCUGAAGAGCAAUUGAUGCUUACAUUUUUAGAAGUUAGGUGGCAACAGAGCGCAGGCACUUUUCCAUGUCAAAUACACUGGGCACAAAAAAUAUGCUCCCUGUCAAGCCUUACUCCCCAUUGUGAGUCAGUGAAAUCAAGAGGUGCUUUGCUUACUGCAUUUUCACAUGAUGGGCUUGUGCUAGCAGUAGGUGUCAAUCAAAAGGAUCCCCAGGCAACUCAAAUACUGUUUACAAGCACCAUGAAUUUUAUUACUGUGACUGGUAGUCUUAAAGGCUGUGGUAACAAGAAUAAAAAAAUUCCAUGCAAGUUUAUAAGGUCUUACUGGAUUGCUGAUAUGAGCUGGACUUCUGAUAGCCUCUUUUUAGCUUGUAUGUUAAAACGUGGAUCACUGAUCUUAACUACUUGUUUGGGUGAAUUGCUGACUUUGGUUACUUAUGGCUGCUCUGUAGAAUUUGGACCAGCAGAAUUUAUUCCUCUGCAUCCACUUAUAACAUACAGAUCACAACAUUCCUUGUUGCGAGAUUCAAAUCACUCCCAUGAUUCAUCAGUCUCUGAAGGAGACUCUCUGAGACAGAGAUUUUCCAUAACAUCACACCCAAGUUUACCGUACCUCAUUGCUUCUGAUGGUUACCUGGUCACAGUUCUUAAAUUUUCGGACAGUUUCUCACCUUCAGCCUAUAUGAGGUCAUUGUUUCUUGAUUCAGCCCAGAGACUGGAAAAGCUGCAUCGUAGAUUCAUCACAUCUAAGUCUAAGGGGAAAAGGCUACGAUUGCAAUCCCUGUCCUCCCUAAGAGCUAAGCUAUUAAAACACCAUCAAAAUCAGAGUUCUACCUUACCUGACACUCCAGCAUUUCUACAAGAAAAGGAGAGAACAGUAGAACUAAAUGAAGAAUUAGCACAUUUACAGGAUUAUGAUGAAGAAUCUGACGAUGACAAAGUGUUUCAAAGUCGCUCUUUUAUUUUUGGGAGCCAAAAGACAGAUUCCUCUUCAUGUGGUGAAGGCUGUUUAGAAUUUGCAUCAAUGUUUGAUACUAUUCAUGCAGUGCAAGAAACCAGAGAAAUGGAUGACACAUCUUUGGAACUGAAUUGUAUCCAAAAAAAUUUAAUUGCGGCUUGGAGAGUGGGGAUUUCUGAAAGCAUACAAGAAAGAGACAUGUUGUUAAAUUGUAUAGUACAUUGUGUAACACACUUUUUUAGUAUUCUUCAAUAUGCAAAACUUAAUUUUACAUAUUUGGAUGACCCUGUGAAAAAUCAUCCAUGGAUACAAUGCACCUUAAAAUGUUUUGAGCAAUUUUUGACUCUCCUGAGUUGGGAGUAUACACACAGACAGACUUUGGGGCAUUUGAUGAAGCUUACAUCACAGACUUUAAAAAUGAUGCUUCUUGCACAUCAAGACCACUUCUUCUCCAGUAAUCUUUUAGGAGGCUUCUCUUUGUUGAAGAAGGUUACUCAUUAUUUAAAUAGCAAAAACACACCACAGCAUGAGAUCCUUUCAGCAGUCCUCGGUACUGAAAAUAAGGUGGAACUCGAUUGCAUGGUUGUGCCUCUGUUUCAGGCUAUGGAUUGGAACAGCGAUCUUAAUCUCCGUUCAUUAAAUUCAGUUCUGAAGCUCUCUCCUCCAACUGUAAAUCUAACAAAGAAUCCAGAAAAGAGGUUAAUUGUUAUGUGGAGGCUAUUGUAUAAGCAUGUCAUUUGGUAUUGGGCACAGCUAAACAGAAAAGCAUAUAACAUAAGUAAGCCAGUAAGUGAAACACAAAUUGCUUAUGAAGGACCAAUAAUUGAAGUACUUGCAAGUCAUAUACAGGCAGUCUUACAGUCCUCAGGAGAGAGGCUGGAACAAACGCUGAUCCUCAACACUGUGGUUGGUGAGGAACAAUUUCUGCUAGGGUCUUAUAAAGAAUCAGUGGAAGCAUGGGAGAAAGCUCUUCAAGAAGCAAAAGAAAAAGGAGGGAAGCGGAUGCCUUUUCUUCAAACUCGAUAUUAUCUUGCAAUGUUAUACUGCCAUCUGUAUUACUACAAUUUAAGUGAGGCUCAGGGACUGUGUGAUCAUUUGGUGAGCGAGCUUCUAAAACGAUCUCAAAUUUCUGAAAGAGGGACAGAUGAUGUAACAGAUGCUGAAUGUAUGAUAAGAGAUGUUCAUUCCGAGGCUGCUCUAGCUGUGGUUCAGUCUCUGGCACGUUUCAUGGCAGCCUACUUCACGAAUGAGCCACUUUAUGUGCUUCCUCCACACAAUGUUGAUAUUUUACCUUCACUUCACAUAAAGCUAGACAGGUGUCAUCGUGUUGUUCCCCUGCAACACGCCCUCGUGACCCGUGCAGUCAGGGCCCAGUGCCUCUCUUCUGUCUGGACAGUUGACUAUGCUCUUGAUUUGCUGCUUAUUGGUGGGCUAAUUCCAGAAGCUGUAUGGCUAGCACAUAAACUUGGAGACUGGAAAGUGGCUGUUUCAGUUGGACUGACUUAUAAUUUAUACUGUCAGAGCAAUGACAGCUUCCCAAGGUCAGGGAAAGUAGAAUUAUGCCUACCAUUGCAUUUGACUCCAACACAAAUAUUUCAAGAAAAGCUACAAUUUUUCUUGGGCCGACCUGUCAACAGUGAAACAUCAAAUGAAAGAGACCCCAAAUUCAAACAGUUUACAGAUCCUCUUGAAGAGGAAGAUGUAAAUGUGCUUUUUAAUUCAGUAGAAGAAAUACUGAAGGCAGCUGCUAUGGCAGAAGCAGAUAUUCUCUCAGAGACAUUUCAACUAUUGGUGGACAUUGCCAAGGAUCUUAGUAGAAAGUUCUAUGGUUUGGUGCCAGAUGGCUUAUAUCUUCCUGCUCCACCAUUAUAUUGUCCUCAGCCAACAUUUCUUAGUGAAGAAGAAUGCUUUGAUUUACCAUUGAAAAUGGAGAGAGGUUGUCGGCAAAAGGUGUCUGGAGUUAUUCAACGAAUUCUUUUGCUUUUCCGAGCUGCUCAUUGUUCUUUCCCUGUUGCUCAGUGGUAUAUCUCACAACUGAAACGGGCACGAAAAAUAAUGCAAAAGAUUCGCAAAAAAGGUGCUCUUCCUUCAUUAGGUGCUCUUCCAGAAAAUUUGCUUAAUUAUUCCAAAUGUCAUACGGUGUUCCUAAGGCCUACAUCUUCUGGAGACCAUGGACUUGAUGAUGUUUCAUGUAAAACUAUAGGUUGCUUUAGAGAAUUGUGUGCAUUAUGCUGGAUGUUUCACAUUCGUGAAAGAUUAUCUGAUAGUUGCAGACGAUACCAAAGUGCAAGAGAGAAUUUGGAAAAUGAGAAAAAAUGCAAGAGGACCGAAUAUGAUGCCUGUGUAAUAGAGCAUUCUCUCAGUGCAUUGGAGUGGGCUUGCCGAAUACUUCCUUUUGCCAGGUUCAUGAAUGUUGAAGAACUUGUCCAGGAUAUAAUUCUGAGUCUGAUUGGAGAAUUGCCACCAAUCAAAAAGGUGGCAGAAAUUUUGGUGAAAGCAUUUCCUAACCCUGAAGAUGUAAGAGUCCCAUUAAGGGAGAAAUACAACACUCUGCAUCAGCGACUGAGACACUGCAUAGUUAAAGGCCAUGACUAUGAAGAAAUGAUGUCUGUUGCUAUACAAUCGGCUCACAAAGUAAAUGUCAAAACAUUGAAGCGUGUGAUAAGAAACAUAGGACACCAUCAGAGAAACAUCUGGGAACCACCAGAAGAAGAGGUGCAAGAUCCUGGAGUUCACUGCUGUGAUCGAUUUUCAUUGGAGACUAGUCUAAGCAGAAGCACAGUUUCAGACUUGGGAAAUCCUCAGGUUUAUAGUGAUGCUGAAACAGUAGAGUCACUCUCUGAAGAAUUGCUGAUGGAAGAAACCAAAAAAUCAUUUUCUUCUCAGAUGCAAGAAAACCACAAGAAAGUUCAAAACUCUGCAGGAGAAUUGAUAGGUUAUAAUAAAACAACUGAAAAAUUAAAAGAUUUCAAUGUCGAAAGAAGAAGUAACAGAAAAGAGAGCAGUAAUGUCUUCAAUCAGCACUUUUUGCCUCUAGUCGGUGAAUGGGAGUUUGAGCGUGAAGAUGAUGAAUACAUUAAAUUUUUAGACCUCUUUUUAACUUACUUGCUUGAAAGAGACCAACUCAAUCACAAAGAUUAUGCAGUUCCUUUUCUGAUUAGCUUUUCAGCGCUUCUUAGAGAACAUGAGCUUAACUCGGUUCUUUUUGAUGUUCAUACAACACUGAAACGUAGACAGAUCAGAACUAAAGAUCAAAAUGUGUUUAGAGCUGGUUCUUGCUACACUCUUGCUUUUGAAUCCAUUGAUUCUAAAUUAGCUGCUUUGUGUGCUGAAAAGAAAAAAGAUCCUAAAAAACGAGCAAUGCCCUUUACUGUGCAACGGUCAAUUCAGCCUUCUCUUCAUGACUCAAUGAUGAGCCUUACUGCAAGGAGAGGAUUAUUCGGUCUAAGCCAGCAGCCUAUUUAUGGUGCACAUGAUUCAAGUAAGGAAAUAACUCUUACACCUGUAUUAACUCAGCGUUGGUCUGAAGAAGCUUCCUCAAUUCCCAGAACAGUUCCAGGUCAUAAAUAUUUCUACAAAGCAAUUCAGGAGAAUGAUCUUAUACAGAGAGAAGAACCAACUCCAGAGAUGAAUCUUAAAUACAGCAACAUAGCUCGCUUGCUUGAAUGGAUGAUCAGAUGGUCCAACAGGAGACUGCUUUAUGACCCCAUCUUGACAGAGCCCUUUCAUGAAUGCCAGCCUGUGAUGCAUGUUAAAACAUCUGCGUCUGCCAUACUUGCAUCGUUGUGGAUGUUAGAACAACAUUAUGGUAAAACACAAGACCAAAAUGUAUGUCUGUGGAAACCAUACAGAGGGUGUGUAAGUACCUAUUCUUCAGCUAAUAGAUCCAAACUAGGGGAAGACAUCUGUGUGGAUGGAGGCUGUUCUCCUUCAGCUGGUACUCCAGUUCAUAUCCAAGACAAACAUGCCUAUGCUGAACCUAAUGAAAGUACUUCACGAACCUUAUGUGAAAAGCAGUUUGAGCAGAAAGACAUUGAUUUAAAGGAGUAUUCAAUAACACAUGACAUAGAGGUUGUUGGAACAGAUUUUGAUGCAGAAUUGACAGAAGAAAUUGAAGGAUCCAUACCAGAUGAAGUAGAUGUGACAUCCGAAAAUAAAGACUAUUGUGAAGAUACAUUUGCAGUUUCAAGGAGUCCUACUAUUUCUGUUAGUGUUAAAUGUUUACAGCAAAGAAAAGAGCAACUGUCUAUAUCAGAUGCUGAAUGUCCACAGAAAGAACCAUUGAGGGAAACACUGGAGGAAGAAUUUAUGAAGUUGGAUGGAACUACAUUUGAGGUGAUUUCCAGCAAUAUUCCUCUUUCAUACUGUCCUGAGAAGACAAAACCUACUAGCACAGAGAUCUCUGUCUCAGAUGAUCAGCCUUCUUUCACUGUUGUGUCAAGUGUUCUUCCAAGUGAUCCUGUUGGUCCAAAGAAAGAAGAGAUAGAUGCAAGAGAUCUGCAAGUACCACCACCAGACACUUCAGAGGCUGUCAGGCAAAUGCUCCAAGAUGAAAUGUUUAAAUUGGUCCAGCUGCAGCAGAUCAACUUUAUGAGCCUCAUGCAAAUAGUGGGAUCAUCUUUUGCCAGUCUGCCAAAUCUGUCACAACAAAUGCAGCAGUCACAGCCCUUUCCGUUGGGAAGAAACCAGGCUACAAAUGAUGCAGGGACCAAUGUAGGUCAGUCUCUCCCUAAACAUCAAUCAGAUGACUUUCCAAAAGCACAGUCUCCAACUCUAGAAAACACAUGGAAUGUUAAUAAGGAACAUACCAGUCCUGGGGAAAAGAAGAACUUACAUGAACAAAGCCACAAUGGAAAUAUUUCAAAUUCUGCACACAUCAACAAUUCUUCAGGCUUACCAGGGAGCAGGUCCAGUGGUGCAAGGCUGAUUCCUCCAUUUCAAAGCUUGCUUCAUCAAGUUACAACUAGGCCACUGCCUUUAUUAACUGCUUCACUGCAUGCUGAGAAGAAGCCUAAGCUUAUUCCACUGGCAAAACCCUCAAACAAUGUGGAUGGGUUUCCUUUGCUUAAACUUAAAUCAAACUAUCAGUUCCAGCCACUCAAUAUUUGCCCAGUGGCCUUUCCCAAAUCUUUCGCUGAACCAUUUCCACAACAAAGGGAAGCUUGGGGUCCUGCUGCACCUCCCCCUAUGGUAAAAAAUCCUCAGGAUUUACAGGUGUCCUGGCACAACAGUGGGAGAACAGCACAGCUAAAUUUGAACAACUGCAACCAUGAAGUUGUAAGGCAAGUACAAGAGCAGAUGAGCCAUUGGGCAGAAAAUGUAAAUACAGGGACUUCUAUGUAUCUUCCUCUGGAUGACUGUGAAAAGAAGAGAAACAUGGCAUCUUCACAGCACUUUUAUGCUCAUCUGAGGGCAGAGAAACGACUGGUUGACAAUGAACUUCCCUUGUAUAAAUCUUACAAACAUUUCACUGAAAUUCCCCUGCUAUAUCUGAAGCCCCGCUCACAGACCAAAGAAGCUUCCAGUUUAAUGCCUGAUAAACAUACAAGAAUGGUGACAGAUUCCAGAGAUCCAUUUGGGCAGACAGGAUUACCAUUACUUUAUGCUACUUUGCCUCAACUCACCAAGUUUCAAACACCAAAGCUCAUACCACUUCAAACUCUCCUUGCAUUUGAGCAAAGCUGUCAGGAUGUCCAAUCCCCACUUAUUGAACAUAAAAACCAUCAGUUAUUAAAAUGUAACAUUAAACCAUGUGAAGCAAGGCAAGACAAGAAAAAUAAAAGGGAGAAGAGACGUGUUGAGAAACAGAUCAAGGAGAAGGAUGAGAGGAAGAAAACAACCAUGAAUUUUCAACAAGGUUAUUCUGUUGUUUUAACUGAUGUUGAACAGCAAGCUAAGUGCAUCCAAGAAGAAUUGAGCUAUGACCUUGGUGAUGGUGACUCCUUACUAAACCCAGAGCCAGUUAUUUCUUCAGCAGAGUUACAUUACUUGGCUUCUGUAAGAAAAAGGACUGCUGAUCUUCAAGAUGCUAGCACAAAUACAGAUGCUGUAAUUAAAUUGCACCAAGAUAUUCAAACUGUCUCAGAAGAAAUAGAUUAUGAACCUGGUAAAAAUCAACCUAUCACCUCUUCUGCAUCUGUAACAGUACUUCAGUCACAUCCAGAUGUGCAAAAUGUCACAAGUGAAGUAAUUUUACAUCAUAAAAAUCAUCCAGCCACCCCUUCUACAUCUGUAACAGAACUUUGGCCUUCUGGUAAUCCUCAGACAUUGCCACCUGAUCUGUGCUUGAACUGCAGAUUCCCUACUGAAGUCACAGAAAAGCCUUUGCCAUCUUCCUUGUCUGAUAUUCCACUGGAUUUGACUGGAAGGAACUACAUUGAAGUGGUUGAUAUAGAAAAUGAUGAUUUUCUGAAAAAUUUACCUGAUACGUUUGAGUCUGUUCCAAAACACAUUACUGCACAACCUGUGAAGACUGAAUUUCCUACUUCUGCAAAACUGCAUCACAUGGCAGCAUCUGUCACUAAUGUAAUUCCACCAGAAGAAUUCAAGAAUGAAGUAGAUAUUCUUCAAAGUGAAUCACCACAAGUGUCACCAGAGACAGAGGCUUCUGGAGAUCCACUUACCUUGAGGUUUCUACAUGAAGAUUUCAGCACUAAGUCCUCCACGGAAUUCUUAGCCAGAAAAAUUAGCAAACAGCAGUUCUCUACAAAACUAAAGGAAAUGAAUAGACAACUAUUGACCCUACAGAACAUGGCAGAAAGAAUGGAGAAAGAAUUUAGGAAUACCAAAUUGCUAGUGAAAACAGUAGAUGCUGUUAUGGAAGCUGAGCCAAGAGAGGAUGACAUUUCUUUCUUUGCAUCUGGUGUUAGGCUUUCCAAAGAAGAACAUUACUCAAGUCAUGUACGUGUAGAGAAUUUAAUAGAGGUGGCCGAAAGCUCAGAAACUGAACCUUCACAAAGCAGUUACAUUGUCUUGCAGACACCUUCUAUUUCUUCUUCAGCAUCUGCUGCUAAUCUUCCCACUGAUAAAAAGACAUCUACUGAUAUCAAAUUUAGAAUAGGAGAACUGGAUGAGAGCGUUUCAGAGGAUUGCCUACAGAUCACUGGCUUGAGUGGAGUUUCUGACAUUAUCACUGAUCUUAUUGAGGGUGGCGUUUCUGCUUCAGAACUGGGCCUCACAGAAAUACAGUCUAAAAAAGUCUCCAGCCUCUCAAGGGUAGCGAGUAGACAUUCGCAUAAAAUAGAAAAAGAUAGAAAAGAGUUACAGACCUGGAUGAAAAGAAAGCGAAAGGAAAGACUAGCUGAAUAUCUGCAAACACUGGCUGAACAAAGGGCAAAAGAACAUAAUCCAUUUCAUUUGAGGAAAAAAAUGCCACUUAGAUUUACAACACGGGAUAUUGAAUUACAGCAGCAAAAGAAAGAUGAGAAAGAUAAGGCCUUAUUAACUGAACAUUAUAAUCGUCGAAUCUCUGAAGCCCUCACCCUUAUGCAUGAGCUGUUAUCUGACUCAGUGAAGCUGUCUUCAACUGAAUCUAAUCAAUUGCCUAAAAUAAGAUCACCUCAUGAUUUCAAGCAGUCAAGUGCCUCUUCCCCUGGAAGACAUUACCAUGGGUCUUACCAAGCUGCAAGAAAGAAGACUGCUGCUGAAGUUGGCUUGGGUUGGAGAAGUUCUUGUGACAUAACUCAGAGAAAAAGCCGAAUAUGCCAAGCUCCUUACAGAAGAAUGAUAUCAACAUCCUGCCAAAGAGAGACACGAUGGAAAGGAGAUCAAAGCCACAAGCCAUGGUCAAGUAGCAGCCUUGACUUAAGGAGUCAAGCUCCUGAGCAGACAAGAGAGUCCAUGAGUCAGAGAAGGUUCCUAAACGCAGACUCAGUGACUCAGGGCACCGAGGAGAGCGAUGAUGCUGUGAGUGUGUGGAGCGUCCCUGAUGAGAUUCAGCAGAUACUGUAUGGCAGUUCUAAGUCCCAUUCCAAAAAGGAUUCUUUCCCUCAAGACGAUAGUUGCUCCACUGCCAGCUUUAAUACCUUCAACAGCGUGUCUGACAGCACUAGCAGCAUCCUGAGCAAGUUGGACUGGAAUGCAGUGGAGGCCAUGGUAGCAAAUGUGGAAGGAAAAUGAAGCUAUAUUUUCUUGGCUGCUCAACCCCUUUAAAAAGACAUUAGGCUCAAUAUCAUUUUGAAAAGCAAAAUGUCCAAAGACAUUUUCAACUUGUUCUCAAAUCAGUAAGCUGAGAUGAAUACAUUAAUGCCAACUUGUGAAAUUAUGCAGUAUGCUUAGGCUUCUUUGAAAUACAAAGUUUAUUAAACAGAUAUCUAGCAAAUGAAAGUCUAGGGGGGUCUUGUUAAUUUAUUUCCCCAGAAACCAAUUGUGUGGUUAAAGCAGGAUUUCAGUGGGCAGUCUUAUUGUUCAAGGGACUUGAACAAUAAGAUCCUGAAUUUUAUUUUAUAUAUGAAUUUAGAGGCAUUUAAUAAAAGAUUUUUAAUGUUUGAUGUUUCUGCAAUGUGGUUUGUGUCAAGUCUAAUUGCUUAGGAGUCUGUAGCUGAUACUCCCUACCUAAUCCACGAAAGUCUUCCAACAGUGCAACUGUGGGACCCGGUGAGCAAGAGGGUGGUGCACAGCUCCUUUACAGCUGCGGAGAGAGCUAUGACUAUAAAGGAAACCCAGUUGUAGCUCUUACCCCCGUCAACCACCAUGGAAAGCUAUUAAGCAGCAUCUCUUCCAAGGCACUGUCACUGCAGUGACAAGGAGAAAGGAGGGUGAGACUCUGGGAUAAGGGGAGGAGGAACAAGUUCCUUGCCUACUCCUGAUAAGCAAGCUUGACAGACCAAUAUGGCUAAAAAUGUUUUAAACUGAGGCAGGUGAAUGUGUAAAAGCCACCUGCCACCUAGCCUGCCACUCGCUAGAAUGGCUUUAAAUAGCCCGAGGGCUAUAGGUUUGGAAUCCUCUGGGUAUAACCCAGCAAUUGUCUAAGAAUGCACUCAGUGGAUUUUAGGCCCACUAGCUCCCUUCAUGAUAUGAAAUGCUAGUUCCCACAGUUCACUUUGCUGCAGUUCUGCUGGGUAAAAUACAAACAGUGCUGAACAGAAUGGAAGUUGGUAGAAAGGGAAGGAGGGAUGAAAUACUAAGCAGUCUUGAGGUGCUUUUAUAAAGCCUCAGCAAAGGAAAAUAGUAUUCUGUCUUCUGAUGCAAAGUGGGACUAUUCCUACCAUACAGGACAACUGGCAACAUAGUUAAUGUCUUUAAAGUUGAGUUUAUGUGGCAGGGUAACUAUACUCAAAAUGAAUAUAAUAUCUCAUUGUUUUUGCUCUAUGUCAUAUUUCGUUACUCAUACCUGGCAAGUAUUUUUUUUAAAAAGCAGUGUUUUGUAGUGCAAAGUUUUAUGUGUGCUAAAUAUGAGCUUUGCAACCAUUGUUGGAUUAGUUCUGUCUGUGCCGUGAAGGCAUAUCCAGGUGCCAAUCAUGGCUCGGAUCAUGAAUUAUUGGUGGCCAAAAUCAAACUGAAAUUACGUAACACCAAAAAGAUAACAUCCAAAAAGAUAACAUCCAACACCACCAAAAUCUCCCCAUGUAUACAGCUGAGAUAGCAGGUUUGAAGUGUUAGCAAUGGAUGAAAAGUCAUCUGACAAACUUGGCAGGACAUUCAAUCAAACAUUAUUGAAGUAGCUGUUAACCAUAUACCAUAUAAGAAGCCACAGACAAGAUCCAGGCGGCUUUCAGAUGAAACAAUCAAAAUAGCUGAUCGAAAAAAAAUAGCCAAAGCAGCAGGUGAUCAGGAAGAAGCAAGGGAACUAAAUGUGGAUUUCCAAAGGGCAGCCAGGAAAGACAGUGAAAGUUUCUGGGAUCAGAAAUGUGCACAGGACUGCAAGAAGGGUUAUACAAAUUCAAACAGCUUUUAGUGCACGCAAAGCAAUCAUAAAAAAGAAGGGAGAGAAUUGGCUGAUCAACAAAACAUCAAGAACAGAUAGUAAGAAUACACUGAAGAGCUGUACACCAAAAGCAGUGGGAUUGAACUGCAUAAGGAUAAAGUGGAAAAUGAAACAGAUAGAACUAGAACUAGCCAUUCUUGAGGAAGAAGUAGCAUGGGCAAUAAGCUGCCAAACAACAAAACACCAGGCAUUGACAAGUUGUGGAAAGCACUAAAAGACGGGGUAUCAACACAUCUGGUCAGGUUGCUGCAGUGACAAUAUACAAACCAGCCAGUGGCUGUAGGAACACCAUAUGGGACAAGGAUUGGUUCAAGGUUGAGAAAGGAGUCUGAUAAGGGUGUAUUUCUCCCUUUUUCUGUUCAACUUGUAUGCUGAAGCAAUCAUGAGGAAGAUAAAGAUCAGAGGAAGAAGCAUAACAACCUUUGAUAUGCUGAUGACACAGCCCUCCUCUCAGAAACCCAAGAAGGUCUAAAGCAAUUGAUCCAAAGAAUCAAGGAAGAGAGUGCGGAAGUUUGGCCUCCUUCUGAGCAUCAAAGAGACAAAAGAUCUUUGCAACUGCACAGAAUGAAGUCAUCAAAACAGUUGAUAAUGUGGAAAUUGAAUGUGUAGAGGAAUUCACUCUCCUGGGAUCACUGAUUACUUGCAGAGAUAAAUGCAGUCCAGAAAUAAAGCAACGAAUUUCACUAGCUCAUGUGUCAAUGACAAGCAUCCAGCAAGUGUAGAAAAACAAGAACAUCGGCUUACCAACCAAGUGCGAUUUGGUCUGAGUGAUCAUUUUUCCUAUUGUAACCUUCAGUUGUGAAAGUUGGACAGUGAAAAAGCUAGACAAGAGGAAAAUUGACUCAUUCGAACUGUGGUGUUGGCAGAGGCUCCUGCGCAUUCCAUGGACAGCAGGAGUCAUGAACAAGCAGAUUCUGGAGCAUAUUAAAUCAGACGCAUCCCUGGCCAGCAAGAUAACAAAGCUGAGGCUCACGUAUUUUGGUCACAUCGAGAGAUCAAGCUUAUUAGAAAAGGUACAAUAGUUGGAAUGCUAGGUGGCAAGAGAAAAGCAGGUUGCCAAAGAGCAAGGUGGUUAGACUCCAUCAAAGAGGAUGCGGGCCAGAGCAUAGUUCAGCUGAAAGAGGUGGCACAGGAUUGGAAAGUGUGGUGAGAUUUGGCUCAUAUGAUCGCUAAUAGACGCGACUGAACAGCUAACAACAAAAUAUGAUCUGUCAGUAAUUGCUGAAUGGCAAUGGCAAACAUGGCAAUAUGUGCAAUUGAAACAUUAGGUCAAAUCCUGCUUUUACAGCUAUAUUAGCCCAUGAUCCAGGUUUAUAAAUUAUUUUUGAAAACAAAUAUAUCUAGGAUCAUAAGCAAGAAUGAAAUGGCAAAUUGAUUUGUGAUUUGUCCUAUUUUGACCAAGCAACAGAUUGGUACUUGGGAAUCUGUUUGUCUAAAUCAGCCAACUGUUGGAGGAGUAAAUAGCAAAUGCUUCUCUUACUAAAAUGUUUUGGCAAUGACCAGUGGCCACCUUGUUUUGGGAGAAGGUAAUAAUACAGUUAAACUUUGCAAUGCUAACUACUUCAAUGUUCACAGCCAUGUAAAUUCUUAAAUAUCUACUGGCAGUUUUGGAACUUUCUGAAUGACCCACAUAAGUAAAUGCUCCACAGCUUUUUAACAGUCAAAAAAGCUGAUAUUACAACAUUAGGAAGAAAAACGGCCAUCUUCAAUAUACAGUGGCUUGAGGACUUAUUCAAUUUUUGAAUGGAUGAUUUCUACAUGUAAUUUACAAACAGAAAAAUAUAUGGAUAUUUGGUCUAGGGUCUGUGUGUUUGUUUUACUGUGUGUAAAGAACAGUUAUCUCACAUAAAAAUAUAUUGGAGGUGUGCAUUAUAUUUAUCAUUUAUACUUAUAAUACGUAUAUUAAAAACUAGAAAACUAUAAUAAGUUCA